AUGUCCCACCAGCGCGUGAGGUGCGGCGGCUCCCCGACCCCCGCCACCACCCUGGCGGGGGCAGGCGGCGCGGCGGCGGCGGCGGGCGGCGGCGGAGCGGGAGCGAGCAGCCGCCUCCAGCCCAUGCGGGCCACGGUGCCCUUCCAGCUCAAGCAGCAGCAGCAGCAGCAGCAACAACAUGGCAGCCCCACGAGGAGCGGCGGCGGCCCGGGCGCGGGGCUCCCACGCGCGGCGCCCCCCGGCAGCGGCGGGCGCGGCGGCCCCGCCACGGCCCCGCCGGGGGGAGCGGGGGGCAGCGCCGCCGCCGCCGCCUCCUCACGGGGCAGCCCCACGCGUGGCCAUGGCGGGGCGCGGGGCAGCCCCCCGCGGCACCACCACCUGCCGCCGCCGCCCCCGCCGCCGGGCUGCGGGCCCUCGCCGUGCUCAUCGCCCGUGCCCCCGCUGCCGGAGGGCAGGGUCCGGCACCACCGGCGGCAGUCGCCGGAGCCGGGCAGGAGCUCCCCCGAGAGGAAGAGCCCCAGCUCCCCCGUUUGCAAAGCAGACAAAUCAAGACCACCUUCAUCAAGCCCUUCCAGUAUUGUUCGCCGGACUUCCUCACUGGACACACUUGCUGCUCCAUACCUUGCUGGACAGUGGCCUCGUGAUAAUCAUGGACAAGCUGCUCCAUGUAUGAGAGACAAAGCCACACAGACAGAAAGUGCCUGGGCUGAAGAAUAUUUAGAAAAGAAGAGAAGCUCACACAAACGUUCAUCAUCAUGGGGCAGCAAUGAACAACUCAAGGAGAUUGCAAAAUUGCGUCAACAACUGCAGAGAAGCAAACACAGCAGUCGGCACCACCGUGACAAGGAGAGACAGUCUCCAUUUCAUGGCAACCAUGCUGCCAUUAACCACAGUCAGGCUCCCAUUCCAAAGAGUGCUCUCGUUCCUGUGAUACCUAUUACCAAAUCAACAGGAUCACGAUUCCGAAACAGUGUAGAAGGACUGAAUCAGGAGAUUGAGAUAAUAAUUAAGGAGACGGGAGACAAGGAGGAACAGCUCGUUCCUCAAGAUAUUCCAGAUGGGCACCGUGCACCACCCCCGGUGGUUCAGCGCAGCAGCAGCACUCGGAGCAUUGAUACCCAAACGCCCGGGGGAGCAGACAAGGGCAGUAACAACAGCAGCCGCUCCCAGUCAGUAUCUCCAACCUCCUUCCUUACCAUCUGUAAUGAAAGCAGUGAAGAAAGUCCGUGUUCUACAGAGGAUCUUCUUGGUGACUCCAGAGAUAAAGAGAAUGGGAAUAAUUCUCCUUUGCCAAAAUACGCUACCUCACCAAAACCCAACAACAGCUACAUGUUCAAGCGUGAACCUCCCGAGGGCUGUGAAAAGGUGAAAGUCUUUGAGGAAAACUUGCCAAAGCCAUUGCAUGAAAUUCCAGCCUUCUAUUGCCCUGACAAGAACAAAGUGAAUUUCAUUCCGAAAAGUGGCUCUGCUUUCUGUCUUGUCAGCAUCCUCAAGCCACUUCUUCCCACACAGGAUCUCACACUUAAGGGCACUACACACAGCCUGACUGUCUCCUCCAGCAUGACGCCUGGUUUGUUACAGCCCAUUUCCAUGGCCACCUUGACUACAAACACAGAUCAAGACAGGAUCUCUCGUGGAACCAGCACAGUAAUACCACAGUCCUCUCUGCUCCAGCCGUCCGGAUGUAUUGAGGAAGCUGAAGAAUAGGGAAGGUUCUUUUAUACUUGGCUGGUUUACAGCUGAUGGGACCAAAGGAUUGCUGAAUUACUUCUGCAGUCUCAAAUUAUGUGACCUUGCUGAACAGCCUCAGCUCUAAACAAAACAAGACAAGUUAAUACGUUUGAAACUUUUAAAACAGAAGAGUAUGCAAAAAAAAGGUGUUAGUAUAUAGUGUACAUUUUUUUGAUAUUGAAAAUUUGUGCUUCUGGUAAGUCACAUUUUUAAAACACCUUCCUUCACAGAAUUCCUACUACUGUUGGCUUAUUGACUGGAAAAUUGCAUUUUAAAGCACUUGCCCCGGUAUUGUUCUAUUUGUUCAUAGAAUUUUUGUGCAGAGGUAGGGAAAAAAGAUAUUGUCCUCUUACUUGGUAUUCUUUCUUCCAGAAAAUACUUGGCUCUUACAGGCUUGCUUGACUACUUACGAAGUUAGUCAGCCUGAAUCAUUAAUCACUCUUGGUACAAAUUUGCUCUGACGUGACUCAUCACUGUAUUAUAGACCCUGGCCACAUAGUGCCGAAAUACCUGUGCAUGGUUUCCUCCCUGUUGUCAUAGUGGUGUUAGUGUGUCCGUUGAAGGUGAUGGUUUGUCAGGCAUGAUAUCUGUUAUGCAGAAGUUUACAGCAACAGAUACAUUCUCCCUUUUUGACUAGCAACUUAGGUUGGCAUGUAAAACAGAGGGGGGUUUUUUUGAUACUUGAUCUGUCCAGAUAAUGCAGCAGUUAACAGUUCCUUUGAAAUUACAAUAAAAGAGGAAAAUGGGGGGAAAGGCAGUUGCAAACAGAAACUGUUCAGGAACUUCAGUGAGGUUCCUCAUGUGUUCCUGGAGUUCAUUACUUGGGUUUGAGUGAAUACAAUAUAGAUAUGCAAAAACCUGCAACGACCUGAAUACCAGUGUCAUAUCAACUUACAAAGUCGACCUUGCACCUCUUUUACAGAGUUAAAUUUGGUAAUUUCAAAGCGUCAUCCUGGGCAGUCUCUUUCUCUCAAUAUUGGUCUGUUACACAUGAGCAGUUCUCACUGGCUUCCAUACGCAUACCUUUCACAAAUCCCUUGCAUACUCAGGUCUCCUCAUAAUGGCAACUAUUUAAAAAUGAUACUGCAAAUAUAACAGUUUUGUUCAGUGCUUAAUAUGAUAAAUUUGCUUGCAAACACUUUACUUGGGAGCAAAAAACCCUGCAUAUGUGUGCAGAUAAUAAUCAUCAUCUCUAUGAACGUUUGCUGUUAUGUUAAAUCCUCUAUAAGUAACUAUUAUAGCAGUGUACUUUACUCAGCAAGUGUAAAUCGUACUAGAAUCUGAAAGUCCUGUGUUUAUAGCAUAAUGAACCCAUUCUUACAACAUUAUGCAAAAAAACAGUAAAUGAAAAAUGUACCAGAAAGCAUUAAAAUGUUACACCUGUUAAAUUAGCAAACAAACAGAAUUUGGCUUACUUUCUAUCUUCCCCUUGAAAACAGGAUUGUUUUGAAGUAACAGUUCUGCUUUGCACUGACAUUGUCAGUUAACUGAAGUUGUUCGGGAACAGUUUUAAAAUAAGUGGCUUUGUGCAUCAAAUUUAUGUAAUUUUGCCAGUUGAUAAUUCUUUUCUAGGCUUUGUUGAUAUUAAUUAGUUUCUUCUGAAACACUACAGUGCAAUUUGAAGUCUAAAAUUUACUGCUUUAGGUAGGUUUUUUUUUAAACCUGGUGUGACUGAAUUCAGAUCAUAUUCAGGUGAAGGAAGUGCUUCUGAGUCUGUUUUCUAUUUCUGUAACAGUAGCGUGUAAAGAACUUUUCCAUCAUUGCCAAACUGCCUCGUGCUUUAUUAGGAGAUCUUAACUGAAUGGUUAAGAACCAAAGGGCUAAAGUUAACAAAUAGCCUUUAUUACAGCCUUGACACUUAACUGACUUCACCAAAACUGCAUUCUGAUGUUUGUUUUCAUCACAGAGUGACUCUCCCAAUAGCGGUGGGCUUUCGUACCGUAGGACUUCCUUUUGCACCUGUUGUUGUAGUACUUCAAGUAUCUCUUUGGUAGUUUACCUUGUAUGUUAUUGGACAAUGUACUGUAUAAAUUAGUGAGCUGCUCUGAUAAAAACCAAAUGCAAAUGUGUCAAGUUUUUGCUUUUUGUAAAGAAAAAAAAAAAAAACACAAAAAAAGCAACUGCAUUCAGGACAACAUUCAGUCUUUUUUAUAUGCAGGACAACUCUACUAUUGCUUGGCAGCUGGACUUUAUUAUGAAUCCACACUAAAGACUCAGAAUUAAGAAAAUAUGACAGCUUUGUUCUGAGACCAUCUUUGACAUGUGUGCAGACAAAAAAUUAGCCUUAAACUUUUUAUGUGCUGUCUUGUGCCAUAGCAUAGCUGUUAGAUAAAGUAUUUAAAUCUAUUUCAAAUAGCUUUGACAGUGCAUGGAGCUUUUUAAAAAUUCUUUUAUGUAUAGAGUGGGAUAUCCAUUUUUUGGAGGAGCUGACCUUGCAUUGCUCAAGCAGAGUUUUACUGAAAGAGUCUAAAUUCUUUUGGCAUACUUAAAAUCCUAACUAUGCAUAGACCUAGUCAGUUCCUUGAUUGCCUAGUUUUUAGCUUAAGAAAAAAUCAAGGUCUAUUUUUAUGCACAACUUGACACACUUGAUAUUCUUGUUUUCUUGGUAUUUUACACUUCUAGUCACACUUAAAGGCUGGUAGCAGUGUUCAGUAACAGUGACAGUUGAUUUUGAGAUGUACUAAAUGAUGAUACUCCAGUUAUAAAUUUUACUUAAGUCACAAGGAAGGUGUUCAUUUUAAUGAAGUCCAUGGUGACAGCUAUGAUUACUGGAAUCCUUUUUUCAAAAACUCAAGGCACGAGGGAAGAGGACUUCUUUGUUGAAGUUUGACCUGCAUCAGCUAUUCUUUACUUGCUUGGUGCCAUAAUCCUGUAGCAUUUCAGUUCUUGGAAAAGUAACAGAUAAUGCUUGAGUACAUACAUCUUGGAAAGAAAUUCUUGGUUUCAGGUACAUAUCCCAAGUGAGGAAAAAAGGGAGUGAAAAUUAAAUAUUGCAUACUGUGGAAGUAAAUGCUUGCUGUGUUUGACUUAAAUGAAGCAAUAGCAGCUCUUUAAAAGUGUGUUUAGUCUCAGGGCUAUUUUUUGAUUUGUUCUAAAAUACAAUUUCCUGGAAUUCAGAGUCUGAGACUUUUGGAAAACACUGAAGCUGAGCCUUUUGGGAAGAAGAAAACAAAGUCAUAUCCAUUAACCUUUCUUCUGCCUUGGGCCUAACUUCUUGUUGCUUAUUGAGUUUGAUAGAAUUCAGUGUUACAGCAAUAAUUCCUUGCUGGAGUUCUAUCUGUUCUCUCCUUGCCAUCUCUGAAAUGCUGACUGAUGUCUUCCCAGUAACUGGGUGCCAGAGAUGUCCAUAUUUCCUUGCUGAAUGUUUUCUUGCUGAGUACCUGACAGCUUCUCCAUGAAGCAAGGGGGCAAAGGAGGAUGCAUAGGAAGUCACCAGAAACUUUCAGUUACAGAGAUCAUUUCUGCAGGGUGGCUUCUGGGGUGUCUGGAUUUCCAUUUGACUCACUGUGUGAACACACACAUACAGUCUGCAUAGGUCUGCUGCUUUUGUCUGUAUGGUUUGAGGCAGGGCUGGUAUUUGUGAGAACCUUUUAUUAUUUUUUUCCUAUGUACAGACUUGCAGACCUGUUCUCUUGCAGAACUGAUGCACCCUUACACGUAUCUCCAAAGCAAAGGUUGUGCAUUUUUCUUUCUUGCUCUCGUGAGGUUAAUAUAGCCUGCAAAGAAGACAUAAAAGCACCCACACACUUGAGAAUAUCAGGACUGUGCUUCUUCAUAUAAUUCCAUAGUUUAAGUGUAUGCCCUUCAUAAAAUGUCAUAGUUGAAAGAUGUCAUUGUGGUUUAGACUCGAACCAGCUUGGUAUGUAUUAAAACAAAAAUGUUGGCUCUUAGAAAAGGCAAUAGAAGGUGUGUCUUUCCUAACCUAGGGGGGUGAAACACACUGAGGAACAACUGGUUUUAUUGUAAUCAAAGGGUUCUUAUGGAAUUAUUUUUCUAAAUAUGGGUAUACAGGAAAACAAAAUGACCACUCAUUGCAAGAUGUACCUGUGUAUUUUCUUGAUGUGGCAUUGUGAGCAUUCAGAACUCUGAAACUCAGUUCUGCUCUUAGAGUUUUGUUUAUACAAAGAAUGACCUAGGGUGCAUUGUUUUGAAACUGUUACUUUGUGCGUCAAGUCAAGUGGGGAGAGGAUGUUAACUGUUCACAACUGUUUUGUGAAAUUCCAGUCCUGUACUCCAACUGAACCGCAACAGUCUCUUUCUGAAUGCUCCGAGUGUUAAUGGAGUCCUGUUACUGCUUGCUUUAUUUUGUUGCAUGUCAUCACCAAAUACUGAAGGUGUGGUCUUUGUUUCAUAGUUCUUCACUGGGAUUUGUAUUUGACUACAGAGACUUCUGUAGUGUUGACAGGUCUAUCUGAAUAGCAGAAGAGGACUUGGCCUGAUAGCACUGCAAGUUAACAUUUCUUGCACAAGCUUCUUGUGAAACAAAUCUCUUUGGAAAAUCUAAUAAGUUAAAAAAAAGAAAGCAAACCCCUUCUGAAAACAUGGUCCGUCCUAAUUGUCAAUGUACUGAUAGGUAAGAACAUAGCUUGGCUUCAUUCUAAAUUAUUUCAUUUACUGAAAUGUGCAAUUUUUGAGGGUAGCAGUCAAGGGAUGUUCAAAACUGCCAUUAGAUUUGCCUUUGUAUGAAAUUGGCUGAUAUGUUUUCCUCUGUUACACUGUGAUAACUUGUGGAGGUGUUCUUGCAUAUGUUGUUACUUGUUGCAUGUAAAGCAAUUUUUGUAAGCAAGAGGAAUUCCAGGGAUGUUCUGCAAAAAAGGGCCUAUUCUGAGGUGAUGUACACUGUUGUAAAACUGGAGCAGCUCAACUAAUUUCAAUGGAAUUCUUGAUUUACACUAGUCUUUUUGCUAUGUGUAGUUAUGCCAGUACAAUUUUGCACAAUGUUAUUUGAAUAUUGCGUUCUGACUUGUGAACUGUUUCUACUGAAAACAGUGAAAAUUUUACAAACUGCAAUAGCGGAAUGUUUUUGGCAUUUAUUUUUUUUUGCCUAAAAUAAAAAGUUGUCACUUCGA